GCCGCCGGGGGCGGUCGGUCGCCAUGCGCUCCAUCGCGCUCAUAUACUUCGCGACUCUAGUGCACUGUGACUACAGGAGUGAAGUGAAACCCGUCCGGCACCCCGGCAGGACCCUCAUCAGGCAUGCUCGGUCCCGCUCGCACCUCACCAGGCUGUAUAUAAGGAAGGAUGAGAGGAAUAGAGACCUGCUGUCGGAUAUUGAGGCCGAGCGCAGCAGUGAGCUUGAAUCAUUCGACAAGUCAGGCGAGGAGCCGGUGAUCGCGGCGCUGCGGCCGUACGGCGCCGCGGACGACGACGUUGACGGCCCGGACGGCACCGUCGACUUCCACACCUUCUUCGGAAACUUCACCCCAACCAACCACGAACAUUCCAAGGGACCAGACGAAAACGUCUCUCCCGAACAUUACAUUAACGUAGAACCUAGUUACGAUAGCAACAACGAAACGUACCGAAUACCAGCCGAAGACAUCCUCAAAGAGGAGAAAAGUGAUAGAUUAGUGGCCAACGACAGUGUGACAGACAAUGUAGUGCGGACUAGUGUGCAUGAGGACGUAGUGACCAAGUUUCUGCGGCUGAUCGAGACGCAGCACCUGCUAGGGGAGAACUGCACCGCAGGGACUGACCUGAACUUAGGGGAAGGGGUAGUGGAUAGAUACGCCCAGGAGAGGUUCAGGAUAGAAGCAGACGUAGCUGUUAAUAGAGCGAACAUGCUGACUCGUCUAUGGAAGUACGCCGGCCCCUCGGUGAUGCACAACGAGUAUCUACUCCACGCGAGCGUAUUCUCUAUGGUCGAGUUCGACGACGACAUUUUCGCCGCAGGCAACUGUUACGACCAAUACCAGUACAAGGAUUACCAGUUGUUCUGCCCGUUCGCGUACCGCCUGCCCGAGGGGCCAAUAUUAGCCAAGGAUUUGGCGGUGGAGUACAAAUAUUUGAGCAACACGUCCGAGUGGUUCUACAUCGCCCGCAAGAAUGCGGAGCGCGUGAUCAGGAACCACAAUCAGUUCAGGCGAGGCUACAACACAUACACGUACAACGACACGGCGCACACCAGCCGGGAGCCGGAUGAGAUUUUAUCAGUGAGCUACGAGGACGGGAAGUGGUCCAAGCCGUACUACGACUGCGGCGGCGGCAACAUCUGGAUGCUCACUUAUACUGUGCCGUUCUUCGGCUACAGCAAUGGGACUUAUUUUUUCAAGGGUACAAGCGGCAUAGACAUAGACCUCCGGCGGGUGGACAUCGACCAAUGCCCGCUGGAGAGCGGCAGCAAACAGCUCAACAUCUUCGCCGGCACCGACAAGUGCAAGAAGACCACCACUGAGUGCGUGCCGGUGCCCGGGCUGGGGUUCCGUCGCGGCUCGUACCGCUGCCACUGCCGGCGCGGGUUCUACUUCCCCAACACCACCGCGCCCACCCGCUACUACAACGGCAGCGACAUCGAGGAGGAGUAUGAGAAGCAUUUGUCGAUGCAGUCAAGUCUCUACUCCACGGCCUCUGGCUUCGAGUGCGUGCCGUGUGCGGAGGGCUGCGACGCGUGUGACGACGGGUCCCCAUGUGUGGCGGCGCUCAACUGGGUGGUCAGAACGACUAUCUUCGCGCUGGCCUGUCUGGUGAUCUCGUGUCUGCCGAUCAUUGUGUGGUUCACGAUUAAGUACGGACAUGUGCGGGUGGUCCGAGCGGCCUCCCCCGCGCUCCUCCGCGUGAUCGUGCUGGGAGCCCUCCUCAUCUACUGCACGACGCUGGUGAUGUACGCGCGGCCCUCCGUGCUCACCUGCACGGCGCGGGUGUGGCUGCGGGAGGUGGGCUUCUGUCUCACGUACGGCGCGCUCAUGCUGAAGACUUGGAGGAUAUCAGUGAUCUUCCAAGUGCGGUCUGCCAAAGCUGUCAAGAUAUCUGACAUGUACCUGCUCCGGCGCAUCGGGAUCAUAGUGGGCGUGGCCUGCGUGCUAUUGGUCAUCCGGACGCUGGUGGCGCCACCUGCCGUGAUCGUCGGCAGAACUAAGGACAACUUGAAAGCGUAUCUCUGCAACUCCGAUUGGUGGGAUCAUUCGUUUACUACGCUGGAGGUGAUAUUCCUGAUGUGGGGCAUCCGGCUCUGCAUCACGGUGCGCAAGGCCCCCUCCGAGUUCAACGAGAGCCGCUUCAUCUCCAUGGCCAUCUACAACGAGUUCCUGCUCUCCGUGUUCCUUAAUAUUUCCAUGUUGUUCCUGCAGUCGCCGGCAAACCCGGACCUCCUGUACAUCAUCUUCUUCUGUCACACGCAGCUCACCGUCACCCUGCUACUGCUCUUCAUAUUCGGUAGUAAGGCAAUCAUGGUGUACAAGGGCCACGGGAAAGACAAGGACAAGGAGAAGGCGGGCAAGUUCCGCACGCGGCCGGGCGAGUCCACUUACACGAUGACCACCAACCGACCCGCCAACUUCUGUGAUAACAUGACUGAGAGAGAGUUAGAGGAGGAGUUUCGGAAACUGUGCAACCAGUUGGAGAAACUUCGAGAGCGAUGCGGGGCGGGGGCGAGCAUCGCACGGCGCAUCACAGCGAUGCGGGACGCGGCGUCGCAGCACGACAAGAAACCCGCCUCCACGGAGCAUUCCGCUCCCAUGAAAGUCAACACCAUAUUCAGUGCUGUGGCAGACCGGCUCAUGUGCACAGUCACCCCCGCAGAGGAAUCCAGCAGUAGCGGCCGAGAAAUUACCUUCGAACCACCGCCAGUUUACAAAAACAAAACCUUCAGCCCUGUUAAAAAGGCUAACCACGAAGAAAUAAGCAAUACUGACGUCACAACUGACUCCCCUAAAAGGAAGACUGAAGUGAUCGAAGAAACAAAAGAAGUGAGAGCGGAGGCGAACGGUGUGUUCAAAAUAUCCGGUGAAGCGAACUGCAGUGACGUCAGGCCUCCCGAAGUGAGUAGCAACGGCUCCUUCAAAGAUAGUAAAAGUGAACUCAAGUGCAGUCCGAAUAGUUCUGAAAAUGUGAGAGUGAGAUCCGGCCAUGCGAGGACGCAUGCCAUAGUGAUUAAUUUAGAUGAUAAAAGUAGGUUCACAGAAGAAGUCACAGUUUGAGUGAGAUCAUAAUUUCCAAUAAUGAAUCUGUUAUAGUAAGAUAUAUAGAUAUAAAACGUUCCAUAUUUGUAAUUCAUUAUAAUAUAAUAAUUAAGGAAAUAAUUUUAAAGCAUUGCUAAUUACAAGGGAUUGUUAUAAUGAAUUGUUAAUUGUACUAAUACUUUUUGACACCCUAGUGCACGAAUUAAGGCCAAAAAGGUGUACUUAUUUCGAGUCAGAUUCCAUCUACUUCUGUAAAAUAAUACUAAUAAUGUACAUAGCUAGUCUUAAUCUGUGAUGAUAGAAUUUCGUAAUAAAAAACAAAAUAAUUAUGAAAUAAUACUCGUUAUAUUCACUAGACAUGUUAAAACAUAUCAAAGCUGGUAUAUCUUAAGGUUAAGUAAUUAUUAAGUACAUAAUAAAAUAUUAUUUAUCGAUCUUAUUUACCGUAAUUGACGUAACUACUUGUUAACAGUCACACAGGGUGUUGCAAAAAUUUUAUACUGAGUCGAAAGUGUGUGACUCAAACCAACAUUCUAUGCAACUU